AUGCCUACUGAAGCUUCUACCUCUAGAGACUCUUAUUAUUCGUCUUUAUUCGACGAAUAUAUCGCUGCUUCACCACGUGAAUCGACAUGGAGUCAUAGUACGAUAAAUUCUGUUAAAAAACGACCCUCGCUUAACUUGCAUCUUCGCGAUACUAGCAUAAGCAGUCUAAAACGGCAACCAUCGUUUGAUUGUCCUACUCCUGCAUUAUCUUCACUUAAAAAUACUCCUAAUUAUUCUAAUCCGAUUAAUUCAGUAUUUCAUUAUACUGCUAACGGUAUUCAUUCUCCUCCUCCUCCUCCCAGUCCGUAUGUUUUUACUCAUUAUAGUUCAUACAAUAAUACUGGAACUAAAAACAGUAAUGGUGGUAUUGGAGAAGGAACUAAAAACAGUAAUGGUGUUAUUGGAGAAAGAACAAACGGAUUGACUGUACCUAAUGAAUAUUUAAGAGAAAGUAGUAGAAGUAGAACUCCCUCUCUUUCUGGGAGUAGUAUUGAAGAUCGAAGUGAAAGUCGUAAUCACAGUCAUAUAAAAAAUUCAUCCAGUAGUGAUGAGAAUGUACUACCAAAACAUUCUAUUUCACGACAACAAAAUUCCUCUAAUGUUCAUCCAGGAUCCUUAAAGGCUUCUUACUCACAUAUUUUACAACGAAGAAAACUUAAAUGGGAUGCAGUAUUAAAUGAAAAUGGAGGAUUAAUACCCAGUAAAUGUUCUAAAAUGAAGAGAUAUGUUCGUAAAGGAAUUCCACCGUCACUUCGAGGAAGGGCAUGGUUUCAUUAUAGUGGUGCUGAAGCCAAUAUGAAAAGUCAUUCGGAUCUUUACCGACAACUUGUGCUAAAAACUCAAGAUCCUGGAUUGGAAAACGAAUAUUUUGAAGUGAUCGAAAGAGACAACGUUCCAAUUAUUCAAUCCCUUCGUCGUGUUCUCACAGCUUUUGCUCUACAUUCCCCCCAUAUCGGUUAUUGUCAAUCCCUUAACUAUAUAGUUGGGAUUCUUUUGUUAUUUAUGGAAGAAGAGAAAGCAUUUUGGAUGCUAGUGACUAUUAUUCACGAUUAUUUACCAGAGAACAUGUACGAUGUCACAAUGGAAGGUUCAAAUGUCGAUCAGGCCGUUCUCAUGUCACUUAUUAUGAGAAAAAUGCCUGAUAUUUGGAAUAAAAUGAAUGGAGGUGCUAAUAUUGAUAUAGAGAAAUCGGAUGGUAAUAUGCCAACAAUUACUCUAGUAACUAGUCAUUGGUUCUUAACCCUUUAUAUCAAUAUUUUACCAAUUGAGACAUUACUCAGAGUUUGGGAUUGUUUCUUCUAUGAAGGCAACAAAAUACUUUUCCGUGUUGCAUUAGCAAUACUCAGAUUAAAUGAAGAAAAGAUCAUGGCAGUAGAUGAUCCCAUGGAAAUAUUUCAGGUAGUUCAGGAUAUUGAUCGGCGUCGAGAACUUUUCCGUGAACGACGGAAAAAGCGGGUAGGAACCAUGUUGUCUAAACAUUAG